UCUCCAACACUUCGUCUUCAAGUGUUUCAUCUCUUCAAAGUCCCCAAACUCGUCCAGGCCUUCCUUUGCAAUUGUCACCAACAAUUAUUGCAUAGCACUCUCAAGUUUCUUAACAACAAUGAAGAAAGUAGUGUUGAAGGUAGACUUAUAUGAUGACAGAAUCAAGCAAAAAGCUAUGAAAACAGUCUCUGGCAUUUCAGGGGUUGAAUCAGUGUCAGUGGACAUGAAAGACAAGAAAUUAACAUUAGUGGGAGACAUUGAUCCAGUACAUGUUGUGGGGAAGCUUAGGAAAUGGUGUCAUACUGAAAUAGUUUCUGUUGGAUCUGCUAAAGAAGAAAAAAAGAAGGAAGAACCAAAGUUAGAUGAUAAGAAGGAUUCAAUAAAAGUACCUGAACAUGUUAAGCUUUAUGAAGCCUAUCCCCUUUAUUAUCAUAUGACCCCACUACAGUCUAAUCAAUAUCACUAUGUUACAAGUGUGGAAGAGGACCCUAAUGGCUGCGUCAUCUGCUAAAUUGUAGGAGGCAUGAGAUGAAAAGCAAAUGCUAAAAGAAAUGUUAUUUUCCAUUUUUUGGGGGCUUUUUUUAACGAUUCAGAUUGAGGGAUGAAGUGCGUCCAAGAAG